UUCAUGUUUUAAUUACACAAGGUUUUGAGUUUGAUGCACGGCCCAGUGCACAAGGACAUUUACAUUACUUAAAAGGAGAAUAUUCUAGAUUUAAGUGGUAGCUGUGUCAUUUUUUGUCACUGUAUAUUAGAGACAACAAAGUGAUUCUUUAUGAACAUCUAAUAUGUACGGUAAUUUAGUCCUUCGUGGUUCAACACACAAAAGAACGCAUUUGUUUCUUUAAGAGCCUGGAUAUGGCAACUAGAAAUGAAAAAGUUUUCAGCAUUCACGAGAAGAAGACACCUUGUUGUGAUAUUUGUCAUUGCGUUUUUUCUGUUUUUAUUUACUGUUAUGCAGACAGAACGUAAAAUCAAUGUUAUUCAAUCUGAUAAAAUCUCUUCAAAGAUACAACAUGAUGUUAACUUCACUAGACCAAUAGCACGCAACAGAUCUCCACAAUCACCAUCUUCAGCUUCAAUCAUGUGUCUUGUCCUUACAACACAUAAUACUUUACUUUCUAAAGCUAAAGCUGUAAAUGAUACAUGGGGAAGACGUUGUAACAAGACUAUUUUCUUCACAAACAGACCGACUACAAUCCCGAAUGUCGUUUACUUAGAUUUAGCUAAAGAUGGCCGAGAACAUCUUACAGAUAAAGUUGUUCGGGCAUUUGAAUAUGUUCAUACACAUUUCACAGAUUAUGAUUGGUUUUUGAAGGCCGAUGAUGAUACAUACGUUAUUUUGGAAAACUUGAGACAUUUCUUAUCUUACUUAAAAAGUAACGAACCAGUGUAUUUGGGACAAAACUAUAAACUGUACACUAAACAAGGAUAUAAUAGUGGUGGUGCAGGAUAUGUUUUAAGUAAGGAAGCUUUAAACAAACUUUUGUUUGGGAUUAAAUAUAAGAAUUGUGCCAAAGAUGGAAAUGAUGAAGAUGUUGAUAUUGGAAAGUGUUUGAAUGGCCAAGGUGUCCCAGUAUAUGAUACAACAGACAUAUUAAAUCGAGAAACAUUCCAUGGUGGAACUAUCGAAGACCACAUGGUAGGACCAUUAUCCGAUUUACUGAAGAAGUAUCCUAGUACACCGGCCAAAACGGGUAAGGACUGCUGCAGCACCAAUACAAUAACCUUCCAUUAUGUCUCGCCGAAGAUGAUGUAUAUAUUGGAUAUCUUUCUAUACCAUUUGACAGUGUACGGACGUAAUUAUAGCAGCAGUCAAAGUGCGUUUGCUUAAGACCCAUAACGUGAAAUUGUACGAAUGGAUUAUAAAAUGAAGAAUCAAAUGGAAAGAUCAGGCAUAGUUAAAGUGAGGACGUAAGACUCCAAGUGGGAUUUUUUCAAUAAGAUAGCGGUUGUAGAAAAUACUUUUCUUAUUUAAACAAUAUUGCGUUAAAAAUUGUGAUAAUAAGCUGUGUUGUAUCUUUUGUGAUUUAGAAAAAGGCUCUAAUUAAACAGUUGAAUGAUGAUAAGGUAUAAGUUAACCAGAGUGUCACGUGACCACUUGUGAUCAGUAAUUAAUAAAGCAAAGGGAUACAGUGAAAGAAAUUAAAUAGCGGUCCAACGAUUUACAGAAAAGAGCGACGAUUUACAGAAAAGAACAGAAAAGGACCGAAAAGGACCAAAAAGAACAGAAAAGAACCGAAAAGGAACCGAAAAGAGCAUACAUAUAUUUAUUUCAUAUUUAUAUACACACGAAAGUUUGAUAUUGUUAACAAUUCCUCGUAAUAAAUGAACGCAUAACUGUAAUUUAGAUUGUACAUUGUAUAGGGAUAUGUGGACAACAAAAAAAAAAGAAAAAAAGACAGAAUUAUAACUUGGUUUUCAGUAAAAAAAAAAAUGUAUAUAUGUACAAGUAAUCAUUUGCACACUGUACAAUAUAAAUCACUCCUGUUAUACACCAUAAAACAAAAUGUGUCUUUUGAUGAACACAUCAAAGACUUUUAUUCGUAUAGUAUCGAAAUACAAUAAGUAUUUUAAUAAAAUAAUGUUGUUGUUUUUAAAUAAAACUAGCAAUUAGUCUUUGAAUUUAAAAAAAAUGAAGGAAUUAACAACCUGUGACCAAGAGACUGUAUUAUUCAUGUAAGUCCCAGAUGCGACUAAUUGUCAUUAAAUAAAUAAACUGUAAACUUGAUUUUUGACUAUUAAAUAAACUGUAAACUUGA